CCGUCGAGAACAGUGCGAAACGGGAUACAGCCUGAUAAAGGCACGCGAUCGAGAACCAGUUGAAGCUCUUCGAUCUCUCGCUUCUAGGUAGAAUAUUAUUGCAAGUGGUCGAGUUGGUCGGUUGUGCAAUCCUCGUGACAGACGGUCGCCUUGUUCGGUCUUCGGUCUUUUCUGUGCCAGUGACCAGUUCUUCAGCGCGUGCUUGCAUUACCCAGUACCGAUAUGCGUGUAUACAUUGCGCUGUAGGAUCAACAAAAGCAAGCUUUCGUCACAAACUGGCCAGUCAGCAGGCGUAAUACGAAGGUACUUGCACUCGAGGGGCUCGACUGCAAAAGAGAAAAGUUAACUCAGCCAACCAGUUUUCAACAGUGCCUCUAAAAGUGUUUAACUACUGAAGAAAUACCAGUCGUGAUAGUUGUAUUGAAUUUGGUCACGAUCGUAGUGAGAGAACAUACAAAAACGAAGUGAGUGUGACCAUCAUGGCUGUAUUAUAGCCAGCCCGUGGAGGUCUGAGCGAAAGUGAGAAAAGUGACACCGUUGUGCGUGGUGCAUAGCGAAGUGUUUCAACGAAAGUAAAACCGUGAGCAACUGACUGGUUUUGCGUUGGGCGGUGUGAAUCUUCUUCACUGAAGAAAGGGGUCAUCCACUAAGGAAUCAUCAAGUGUCCAGAAAAUUCAAGUUCAACUAUAGAAUUUGAUCAACGCGUUUGUCAUGCAAAUCUUGUAACGGUGAAGAGUCCCCAAAUGCAACAACAAUCCAGGCUUUGGCUCAGCAACGUGAGCGCUGUAAACUAUGUGAUAAUUACCGCCACCGUCGUCGUCGCCACUGUGAUAGCGCGAUAAACCACGCAGCAUUUUACGAAUACCUCACCUGCAUUACACAUAUUUGGCUUAAGUGACUACUGGUGUUUAGUGUUUUGUGUAAUUAGCAAAAAAAAAGUGGCUCUGCAUUAAUCAAAAGGGUGGGUGAAUGUGUGAACGAGCUACAAACAGCAAACAUUUGCCACUGUUUGUUGUUGUUUGUAUAGCGGUCAAACGUGUGUUUCUAGAGGAUACAACCAUUGGGUGGAAUUAGGCGGUUGGAUAUCAGCGCCAUGAAACUGGGCAAACAUGUUGACUGGUUGCAGAUUCGAGCCCUGCUACGGAAGGACUACCUCGUACGGAUACGACAGCCGUGGAUGACCAUCAUUCAGUACCUGUGGCCUUGCUUGAUCUUCCUAUCGCUCUACAUACUGCGCAAUCGCUUCCAGUCCGUCGAAAUAGCCGACUGCCAGUUCCCAGCCCGGCAGCUGCAGAACAACGGCAUCCUUCCGUUUUUCCAGUCAUACGUCUGCACUAUUGAAAACGAGUGCAGUGAUCCCCGAAGGUACGAAGAAACGUCCGACUUUGCCAAAGCACCGGUGACUCCGGUGCUGGAUAUCGUUCAAAUAUUUUUGGACACACCGGACCUGUUCGAUGCAGUGAUCGGUCUACCAAUUGAUCGCAACUUCAUCGGUGCCGUUACGACGAUCGUAACGAAUGGACGCUUCAAAGAGAUCGAAAGCAACGCCGACCGGCUGGUGCGGAUGCUUCCCGAACUACAGGAUAUGGUGGGCGGUGAUUUCGACAUCCAGAAAGUUUUCGCCGACGAUCGAAUGUUCUCUAACUCCGGCAAGCUCCUGUGCGGAAAGCCGUUCCCUCGGAGUACAAACAUAAGGUUUAUUGAUAAUGUUUUGUACUCGAAGGAUUUCAAAGGGGCCGACCCGGAUGAGUUGGAGGCAAUGCCGACCAAGUAUUGCAAGCAGCUGUACAGGGACGUGACCAAUACGAACAAUGGUAAGAUCACUUGGAAGCAGCUGAAACCUAUUUUACAGGGGAAGAUUCUGUAUGGGCCGUCGAACGAUAGGAAUGAUGAGAUUGUUAAAUUUACCAAUCAAACUUUCGUGGACAUGGGUCGACUGCGAGACUUCUUCAAAGCGUUGAACACCACGGUGCAGUUGCUCCAUACAGAUCAGUCGUUCCGUAGCAGCUUUCAAAGCCUGAUCGAGCUGGCCAAGUCUCCUCUAGUGCAGAUGAUCGUUGGUGGAAACGUGAACAUCGAAUUGAUUGAGUCUAUGCUGAACGGAAUUUUGAACGACAAAACUGUAGCGGUCGCACUGGAAACUAUUGCCAGUAUCUUCGAGUGCUUCUCGACCGAUCGCUUCGUUAAGGUGGACUCGGAGCAACAACUAGAAGAUGAAGCUUUCAAGCUAAAUCAGAAGAAGAUGUUCUUCGCGGGGUUGAUUUUUGAAAACGGCACUACGGAAAACGAGAUUCCAUACAAGAUACGAAUGAGAAUUGAUGACACGCCCGUAACUAUAGAAAAUAAAAAUCGAUUCUGGUUCCCAGAUCCGGAAGCUAGUUUCGAGUUGGACAUGAGGUACCACCGCGGGUUCAUUCAAAUCCAGCACGCAGUAGAUAUGGGCAUUAUUAAGGCUUUAAAGAAAGAAAUGACUGAAAGUGAGAAGAGAACUAGUGAAGCGUCGUCUGGCGAUUUGGGAUUGUCAUUGGGCGAUGAUCUGAGUGUAGAAGAAAAUAGUAACGAAACAGAAGCAACUACGGUAACCACUACUGAAGGCAGUACGUCUACCGAAGACCUCGAAUCUCUUUAUGCAAACUUGAGUAAGAACAUCAAUAUAUCGGAGUCGGAUUUAGCCAAAUUCAGUAACAAAUCAUCGCUGGAUGACUAUUUGGACUUCAACGACGAUGAAGAGGAGCAAGAGGUGGAUGAAGAGGAACCGCUUGUGGUGAGCACAUCAACGGUUCGUAGUCGUCGGAAAAGAGCUCCGCAGUUCAACCUGUUCAGUUUGUUUUUGGGAGGUGGUCCACCUAAGAAGAAGGAAUUGACUUUCAAGGUUUCCGAUGAGAAAUUCUACACCAAACAGUUCCCGUAUCCGAAAUAUGUUAAAGAUAAUUUCAAGAAAGGUCUAUACUUGGCGCAAUCGAUUCAAAUGUGCUUCUUCAUUGCACUAAUCGUGCAUGUGUCUUCAUCAGUACGGCAGAAGAUUUGGAUGAAGGAAAGCGGCAAUACAAUGUUGAUGCGUGCCAUGGGGCUGAAGUCGUACUCGGAUUCCAUUUCCUGGGUGAUAACCACCUUGAUUGAGCUGUGCAUUGUCUUCGUUCUCGCCCUGUCCAUUCUGUAUAGCGGAGGUAUUCUUGAACAUUCCAGCAAAAUCUUUUUAUUUGUGUACCUGCUAGUGUUCGGCGUUUGCUUGAUCGCCUUUUGCUAUAUGUGUUCAAUGUUCUUUAGCUCAGCGAGCAUUGGAUCGGUAUCGGCGGUCAUCCUGUUCCUAACAACAUUCCUACCCUAUAUCGUAAUUAUCUCCUUGGGAGCAGUGCUAAGCUUCGCGGGAAAAUUCGUAGCGAGCCUGUCGUUUUCAACAGCCUUUUGCUACGCUUGGCGCUACAUUAUGCGGCUUGAACUACAACAGCGUAGUGCAGAUUUCAUGGCGUUGAAGGGGUCAAUUCAAGAGAAUGACCUGGCCUUCGGAAUAAUGAUGAUGCUACUGGAUGCGAUAAUCUACUAUCUUAUUGGCUUUAUCUACGAAAAAAUUACUCAUGAGGACACAACGUUUUAUCAGGUUAGUCGUGCCAAAUUAGACAAAAGUAUUGGGGCCGAAUUGCGGAAUGUGGAUGUCAUAUACGAAAACGGCAAAAAGGUUCUCGAUAACGUGUCGAUCACCUUCAAGCGGGACGAAGUUACGUGUCUACUUGGUCGCAACGGAGCCGGGAAGAGUACGAUCAUCAAACUCUUGACCGGUCAGAUUCUCCCCAUAGUGGGUGAUGUCAACCUCCCCUUAGACUAUGAUCUAAUAUCCGGUUUGAAAAACAAUGCAGAAAAGAUCGGCCUCUGCUCACAGAAUGACAUUCUCAUUCCAAACCUCACCGCCAAGGAACACCUACAGCUAUACGCUCGCAUCAAGCUAACCAAAGGAUUCGAAACCGAAGUUCAACGAACGCUGGAUAACCUGAAGAUGGGUAAGUACAAACACUACCGCGCUUCGGAGCUCUCGGGAGGCUUCAAACGGCGGCUAUGCAUUGCCAUCGCCUUCCUGGGAUCACCGAACAUGGUAAUCCUGGACGAGCCGUGCAGCAGCGUCGAUACGAAAGCCCGCAAGUACAUCUGGGAGCUAAUCCAAACUCUCAGGAAAGACCGAGCGGUGAUUCUGGCAACGCAUCAUCUGGACGAGGCAGAAUCCUUGAGCGAUAAGGUCGUCGUGAUGGAGAACGGAAAAGCCAUUCUCGAGCAGAGCCACGAGGAGCUGAAGAAUCGUUUCACAAACACUUUGUACUUGGACCUGACGCUGAAAUCACUAACGGAGAGUGAUCGGUCGAAUUUGAUAGCCGACCUAAACAAGAGCUUGGAUGAGCGAAACAACGUGCAGUACGAGUUUACGAAACUUCCAAGGAAUGUCUUGCAGUACAAGCUCACGUAUACUACUGAAAAUCCGUCGGAAAUUGACUUGAAAUCGCUCUUUGAUCAGCUCAACCAGUAUCAGGACAAAAAACUCAUCCUAAACUACGACGUCAAAAACGAAAACCUCAUGAACGUCUUCAACGCCGUCAACAGCCGCGAGUCGCAAGCAGCCGAAAUCCGUGAACCGGAAAUCAUCUCUGCCAAUGGCUUCCAUGGGUCCAAACCCACCCAACACAACCUCGGCUCGUUCCAGAUAAUCAACAGCCUACUCCAUAAACGGUUCCUCCACUUCCGCCGCAAUUACCGCCUUCUUAUAUGUAUUCUGAUUCUUCCAACACUCUUCGAAAUCAUCGCCAUGUACUUCAUGACUCUUCGACCGCCCGGUGAACACGACAAACCUCUGGAGCUCUCUACCGCGCUAUACCGUGGAUCGGCAGAGUUCUACACCCGACCGGGCAAUGGCAGCGACUUUCAGCUGGAAAUCGACGCCGGCAUUCUGUCACACUGUCCCGACUCCGAAUGCUACCUGUUCAAAAGCUCCGAAGAAGCCUUCCGUUGGUUACUACAGACGAACUACGAGUUCAGCGAUCGUCGCUUCGGAGGUUUGACCGCUCGUAAGGAGAAGCACUUUGUUUGGUACAACAACAAGGGAUACCACUCGAUGCCGGUGUGGCUAAAUCUGUUGGAUUCUGCCAUUUUGAAAUCGGAACUGGAGAAUACCAACUAUAGUAUUCGCACGAUCAACCAUCCGCUGAAGAUCGAAGAAGACGAGCUGACCAUUUCAUCGAUUCUUCAGCAGGUUGCUGAUGCUGGCAUUUCGUUGAUCCUGCUGCUGUCGUUCAGUUUGGUCCUGGCAGGAGCUUCUGUGUACAUCGUCAACGAACGAGUGCGAGGAGAAAAGAUGCAACAAAGGCUCGCUGGAGUGAAAUUCUUUCACUAUUGGGGAGUUACUUAUGUUUGGGACGCAAUGAUAUUCCUAAUCGCCGUGGCCCUAGCAGUGAUAGUGUUCCAAGUUUUCGCCAUUCCAUCUUACGUUGAAAAAGACCAGCUAAAAGGCAUCUGUCUUCUUCUUGUAUUCUAUGGAUUUGCCUCCGUUCCAGCGGUGCAUCUUUUCGAAAAGCUGUUUAACGACGCCAGUUUUGCAAAUAUGUCGUUAUUCUGUCUUAACGUGAUUACCGCUCUUGGCACCUUGACGACUAUAAUCCUGUUCGACAUAUUGGGAGAAUCGGAUACCUCGGAACAUUUCCGGAACUUCUUGAAUCGGGCCUUCCUUAUCCUGCCACAACACGCCUUAGCAGAUGGCCUGAUCGAGCUGUCCAAAAACUACAUCCAGGCGGAGAUAUUCAAGCGGUACUACAUUGACUCCUACAAACCUUUGAUGACGAUCCUUGAACCGCAUCUCAUUGCAUUGGUGAUCAUGGGCUCAAUUUUUAUCUUCUUGAACAUGAUUAUCGAGCGAAAGGUCAUUCAGAGGUUCUUCCAAGAGGCGGAAUCCUCUCACACGCCAGUUUACGAGCUGAAAGCAGUCCGAUCUGAAGACGGUGUAGUGAAUGGCAAUGGCAAGAAGAAAUCUCUGACUGCCGAUCAGAUCCUGUCAGUGGAUCACCUCACGAAGCAGUACCGAUCUGGAGAUGUGGUUGUAAAUGAUGUUUCGUUCAAGAUCCACUACGGCGAGUGCUUCGGACUGUUGGGAACAAACGGUGCAGGAAAAUCAACGAUAUUCUCCAUUCUGUCUGGCGAACAGCUCCCGAGUAGCGGUGGAUUCUGCUUCUUCUCUUCGAACUGCUUAUCGUACUGCCCGCAGAAUAGCUUUUUGGAUCCAUUGCUCACCGUAGAGGAAGUUAUCGAAUUCUAUGGCCAGUUGCGUAACGUUGAUAACAUCGAUAAGUUGGUAAUUGAAACUCUCAGAGAGUAUCACCUGGAACCGUACAAACGAAUUUUGGUCAAGAAUCUCAGCGGUGGAAACCGGCGGAAGCUCUGCGUAGCGGUUGCCUGCUUUGGAAACACCGACAUCAUUCUAAUGGAUGAACCCACAAGUGACAUGGAUCCGGUAACCCGAGCCAUCGUCUACCGAACGAUCGAACGGCUGAACAGUCAAAACCGAUCGGUUCUGCUCACUUCUCACAGCAUAUCGGAGAUAGAUAGGAUCUGUCAAAGGAUAGCGAUCCUGAAGGAUGGACAUUUGCUCACGGUUGACACCCCAGACAACCUUACCGAACGAUACGGUAACAACUACCUGAUUACCAUCUACCUCGAAGAAAAUCGGGAAGUGGAUCUCAUUAGAACUAUCAAACGAGAGUUCAACAUUUCAGAGGACCUGAUCCAGAACAAGAACUCUUUGCAGUUUGUGUGCAAAGUACAGUCGGUUGACCGGCGGCGGCACACCAACGGUGGCAUUGAAAAGCUCCACAAAAACAGUCAGGUUACGAUCAACCUGAACAACAACACCAUCGAUUCCAGUCCAGCGCUGACGGCGAGCGUCAGUGACCUAGUUGUUAAGCUGCAUCACUUUGCCGAAAACAAUCGGUUGCGGUACACGGUUUCGCGGUGUCUGCUGGAUCAGGUAUUUGAGAACGUUCUGCAGAACCACGAGGAGGAACACUCCAACGGUGGGUUCGUGGAAAACUGAUUAGUACGGAAUCCGUCCGGGUCCCGUGUCCCCACUUUCCCGUCAUUGUCCACAGGGCAAGCUACUUACCUACUAAGCUGGUUUUUAGUACAUACACAUGGAUAUUAUUUUAAGCAAA